AUGGAGCGAGGGGGUGGAGAGAAAGGGGAAGAGCCUGGGCGGCCGGCGGGCGGGGCCUGCAGCCUCCCGGAGCCGCGGCAGCCGCCGAGCAGCCUGCUCUCUCCGCGCCUCUCUCCGACUCCGGUGCGCGCUGCGCGGGGACCCGCGCCCGAGCCCGGGGGGCGCCGCGGCUCCUCGGCCUCUGUCCCCGGACUCGCCUCGCCUAGGCUGCGCCCGGACGCAGAGCUGCUGGCCUUUGGGGGCCGCCCGCUGCUCUAUCUGGCCAGAGGACCGACGGGGAAGGAAGGGGAAAGCGGGGACACACACACUCGCCGGGCGCGCGCGCAUUGCACACUCGCAGCCGCGCGCCCCCGCCGAGGCGCGGCCGGGGCGAGUUUGGCCCCGCGGCUUCGGGCCCGGCACCUGCCCGCCCCCGGCACGGUCCCCGGGCCCCGCCCCGCCGACCCUCCCGCCCCUCGCCUGCGCUGCUGUCCCUUCGCCCGGGAAAGCGACAACAUCCCGACAACUUACAGGCUGUGGCGCAACUGGUCUGGACCGCCGAGGCUCCUGAAGGCUGCCCGGGUGAGACUUUAUAGGAGGAACAGUCCUUUCCACAUAUGUCAAAAGACUUCUGGAAGCAUUUUGAAGCUGAGUGAUGCUGUUGAGGUGGAAUUUGAGGAUCUCCCAGAAAUCAUCCAGAAAGAACUUUUAACACCUGUGGAAUCCUUAAGAAACCUUGAAACCUCGAGAAGUUUCUUCAGCAAACUCCCUCUAUGAAGUAAAG